GAUUAAUAUCACUCGAAACAGAAAAAUAUUUUCUGAUUUAUAAUUUUUGAUCACACCCGUCCUUGCACACCUGAAAAUUUUUGGAGUGAUACCAAUAAAAAAAAAAUUAGAAAAUAAUUGGUACACCACUAGUUUUCUGUUAACCCGAAAUGUCAAAAAUAUUCGAAACACAUUCAUCGAUGCCACGUAGUGAUUCGUUUUUAGAGGAACAUGCAAUGCUAUCAAAUACUAUUGCGGAGAAAAGGCAUAAAUCCUUUAAGAAGGACUCUGAGAUGAAAAUCAAUGAAGGUGAGGCUGUAGAAUCGUCAAUGAUCCGUCUUGCAUCCGUCGUUGUGCUUAUGGUUGGAUUUUCAGAAGGAUUAACACACUUAGCUUCAUUAGCUAUUUAUUACUUAUUUAAGGAUGAUUUAGGACUCUCCCCUGCUCAAGUGUCUUUACUAUUCGUCGCACCAGCGUUUCCAUGGUUUUUAAAACCUUUGUUUGCAUUUUACAGUGAUUCGUUUCCUAUUUUUGGUUUAAGACGCAAACCUUAUCUUCUAUUUUUUUCUGUUUUGCAAACAUUUGGCUUCAUUUUAUUGGGUUACGGAGUUCAUGGAGUUAUAGGCGCUGUGUUAUCCUUAUUUAUUAUAGCCUUCAGUGCUUCGUUUUGUAGUGCCAUUGCGGAAGCCCUGCUAGUAGAAUUAAGUCAGGGGUUGCGGGAGGAUGCAUCGAGUGGUGUUUCAGAUUUUACAAUGGCCAAGGGCGUUGGAUCUCUUCUUGUUGCUUUUUUCUCAGGAUACUUGUUAGAGACGGUUCCCAAAAAAACAGUUUUUUUAACGACAGCUUUUUUCCCGUUAAUAAUUUUUUUUGCUGCUUUACCUUUAAAAGAAUCAAUAAAAAUACCUUCGAGAAAUGCUACCCAGCAAUUUUUAGAACUUUUAACCUUUCUGCGUCAGAGACUUAUUUGGGGCCCUGUUAUCUUUAUUUUAGUUUUUAUGGCGGGUCCUGAUUACGAUGACGCCUUAUUCUUUUACUACACGGAUGUACUUGAUUUCAAGCCUAGUUUUAUGGGGACAUUACGUUUCACUUAUGGUAUGGCUGCGAUAGCCGGAGCAUUGGCUUACCGAAAAUCAAUGUAUACUACGUCUUAUCGAAAAAUACUUUGGACAAGUAUUUUAUUCUCUCUUCCAAUUUAUUUGUCACCAAUACUUUUAGUAACAGGAUUAAACCUGCGUCUUGGCAUUUCUAACAAGCUUUUCGUAUUAAGCGGAGGCUUUUUAAACGAAGCUGUCGCCGAGAUCCAACUUCUUCCCUUGUUAGUGUUAACAGCUUGUAUUUGUCCUAGUGGGUUAGAGGGAUCUGCAUAUAGUACGAUGAUUGCAGUUCGUAAUCUUGGUUCAGCGUUAUCGAAAUGUUCUUCUUCACUUUUGAUGUUUGCAUUAAAAAUCGAUGGAACCCAUUUUGAUCAUCUAGUUGCGUUUAUAUGUAUUUGUGGAUGUUUUAAUCUACUACCAUUUUUUUUUCUGCGUCAAAUUCCUACAGAUAAAGAAUUAGAGUCUGUUUCUAACAAAAGAAAUUCUAGUUUGCUUCUGGAGACUCCAACGAUUUUGUCUUGUUAAUGUCAUUAUAUUUUCGUAAAAAAAUGUCUUUUAAAAAAACUGAUAAUGUUGAUGACUUUAUCAAAACGAUUAAGGUUAAAAUAAGAAUAAAGGAAACAUUUAUAUUUUAUUGUACUAUUUAAAUUAUUUUAUUAACCAAAAAACGGUUUGAACAGGAUUUAUAAACAAUAAAACACAGAAUCUAUAUGCUUGUUAGUGGAAAGUACGUUUCAAGAGGAACUAGAAUGAACAUUGAACAAUCCUGUCAGUCAAAGUAUUUUAAAAACAAUAAAUGCAGUUUAUUUUAAUAAGUUUUCUAAAAACAAAAAAAUGAUUUU